AUGGUGAAGAUGGGCUUUUUCAUCCGAAGUCUCCAUCGACAGUUGGAGCAUCUACAUGAAGAACAGGCCAAACUAUUCGAUAAAAAAUUCAUCGUUUAUCGUGGACAAGGUCUCAGUUCAGAUGAUUUUCAGCAACUAUUCGAUACAAAAGGUGGCCUCCUGUCAUUCAAUAAUUUUUUAUCAACAAGCACCAAACGUAAAGUUGCAAUGGAUUUUGCUAAUGAAGCACUAAGAAAAUCUCUCGAAAACAUCGCUGUUAUAUUUAUUAUGACAAUUGAACCAGAUGCAGUAUCAAAUGAAAAUACACCAUAUGCAUAUAUUGAAGAAUAUUCUGCAGUGAAAACUGAACAAGAAAUAUUAUUCUCAAUGCAUACCGUGUUUCGCGUUGUUGACAUCGAACAAACCGCAGCAAACAAAGGACGUCUAUGGGAAGUACAAUUAAAUCUUACAGCUGACAACGACGAACAACUCGUGAAUCUAACUGCAACAAUCAAUGACGAGAUCGGUGGUAGUGGAUGGUCUCGGAUGGGUCACCUUAUGCUGAAAGUCGGUGAUUUCAAUCAAGCUGAAGAACUCUACAACGAGUUACUUAAGAACUCUUCCAGUGACAAUGAAAGCCAACAUAUCUACCAUAAGCUUGGAUUGUUGGAAAAUAAUCAAGGAAAAUAUCAAGAAGCAGUCUCGUUUUAUGAACAAUCACUUAAAAUUCAACGGAAAACUCUUCCGGAAGAUCAUUCAUCAUUAGCUUCUACCUACCAUAUGAUUGGCCAAGUAUAUAAUAACAUGGGGGACUACUCAAAAGCACUUGAAUAUUACGAGAAAGCACAUAAAAUAUUCGAAAAAGCUCUGCCUCACAAUCAUCCCGAUUUGGCUACUUCCUACAUUAACAUUGGCCAAGUGUAUAAAAACAUGGGUGACUACUCGAAAGCACUUGAAUAUUACGAGAGAGCACAUAAAAUAUACGAAAAAGCUCUGCCUCCCUCUCAUCCCGAUUUGGCUUCGUCUUUCUCCUUUAUUGGUGGAGUCUAUAGCAACAUGGGUGACUACUCGAAAGCACUUGAAUAUUACGAGAAAGGACUUAAAAUAUUCGAAAAAGCUCUGCCUCCAAACCAUCCCUCAUUGGCUACGUCUUUCUCCUGUAUUGGUGGAGUCUAUAGCAACAUGGGCGACUAA